AUGUCCGAGCCAACCCUUCCUCCCUCCACAUCCCAGCACACCCUCUCCCUAGACACUUUACCUAACCAAUCCCCUCCACCGCCCGAGAUCGAAUCUACUUUAUCCAGAUUAUCAGCCUACCGAAAUGUAAGGGGGGUCAUGAUACUCUCGAGAUCAUCGUCAGCCAGUAUACAGGCAACCAAUGGCAGUUCUAGUGAGAAUAGCGGUGGUGCGGGUGUAGGAGGUAUAAUACAGACUACUGGGAAUAUAUUCGAAGGUGAAUCAGGAACGAAGUACGCCAAAGCUGUAGAAGAGAUAGUACUCAGGGUAGGGAAAGCUCUGAAUGACUGUGAGCCAGGUGAUGAAUUGAGAUUUAUGAGAAUACGGACAAAGAAACAUGAGUUGAUCAUCACACCAGAUGAGAAAUACCUUUUGGUCGUGUUGCAAGAUCCCGGACAAUCAUGA